ACGGUUUAUCGCUGAAUUUAAAAGGACGAUGCUUCCGGUUCGAUUAGCUACGCCUGGUCGGUGUCAAACAGGAAGGACGCAGGUUUGGAUCGAAAUGUUUGGAGUGCUGUUAAAGAAGUAUUUUGUCUAAAAAAAUAUAUUCGCGGAUAAGUUUGUGAUUCGGUCCCUUUUUGCUUGUCCGUCACCGUCAUAUUUGGCAACCUUUGCUGGAGGCUCGUCGUCGCAAACGCUGCAAGGUGAAGUGAUGCUGCCUCUGAAGGAGAAAGACAAGAUCAUCAUCAAGAAGAUGCUGGCGGCGGGAUGCUGCGCUCGCUGCGUGCUCAGAUUCUGCUGCAUCAGCGUCCCGGCCGCCUACAGGCAGCGCCGCCAGGACACCCUCGAGCAGCUUUGCGCUUUUGUCGAGGCGGCCGACGACGACAGCCGCGAACCGGCGGCGCCGGAGGAGAGCGAGGAUUCAAGAGAGCCGGCCGUGAAGAGAGCGAAAGUGGAAGUUGCGGAGGAGGCGAGCGUGUGCGUGCUGUGCCUGGGCGUCCUGCAGCACCUGAGCGACGUCCCUCAGGCUGUCAAGAUCGCUGAUGCGGUGACCAAGGAAAACUACGAGGUGGACUCUUUGGUUCUGUCCAUGUCUCUGCCUGCUCAGCUGUGUGUGCGCGAGCACUCCUGCUGGCUUCACGUGAAAGAGCAAGUAAGAGCUAAGUGUGGCUUACUGGGCAAAGACGACGUGGUCCAGGUGAAGGAGGCCUUCAAGUGGGUCAUGCAGGACCUGCUGGCCAAGGAGCUGGGGGGCGUUGCCGUGGUAACUAAGAGCGGCUUGGAGGUCAGCGUGGGCUUCACUCACCCGGAAACAGACGCAGACUGCCACUUCCUCGCCACCAGCUGCCCAGACUGCUUCAAAGCCACCAAGAACAAGCAGUCGGUGUUCACCAGGAUGGCGGUGGUCAAAGCUCUGGAGAAGAUCACCGACGGCAAGUUUCUAAAAUCCACGCCGUGUCCGCCGUCACGGGUGAGCAGCAGCUGCACGCCGCAGGACGUCCAGUGCGCCCACGUGGCGGUCUUCGUGGCGGGGCGCUACAACAAGUUCUGCCGCAGUCUGCCGCAGACGCCGUGGCUCAUCGACGGCGAGCGCAGGAUGGAGUCGUCCGUGGAGGAGCUGAUCGCCGCGCCCGUCCUCGCCGCCUUCAGAGCCGACGGGUUCAAUUUCUCCUCGUCGGGCAGGGAAGACGUGGACGUGCGCACGCUGGGAAACGGUAAAAGGCGAGGAGUUGUGGCGGCGGGCACGACCUUUGACCCCCUUGCUACACUUGCAGGUCGCCCCUUCGCCAUGGAGCUGCUGAACCCUCGCAGGAACCAACUGAGCCCCGACCACAUGAAGAAAGUACAGCAGACCAUCAACGAGUCUUCUGACAAGAUCCGAGUGAGGGACCUGCAGAUGGUCAGCAGAGACGCCAUGAGCCGCAUGAAGGAGGGCGAGGAGGAGAAGACCAAGUCCUAUAGAGCCUUGGUGUGGACUCUGAAGUCCAUCCAGCCGGAUGACAUCACCUUCAUGGACCACGUGAAGGACCUGGCGCUGGACCAGAAGACCCCCCUGAGGGUCUUGCACCGGCGCACGCUGGCGGUCCGACGGCGAGUCAUCCACAGCAUGAGCGCCGUCUUCCUGGACGCUCACCACUUCCACCUGCGGCUGAAGACGCAGGCCGGCACAUACAUCAAGGAGUUUGUCCACGGAGACUUUGGCCGCACUAAACCUAACCUGUGUCAGCUCCUACACACGGACACUGACAUCCUGGAGCUGGACGUGGAGUCAGUGGACGUGGACUGGCCUCCUGUCCUCCCCGACUGAUGCUCACCUUGCAACUUCUCAUUGCACGCUCAAUUAAAUGUCUCCAUGAAACACACCUGAUUAACUGUCUUGUCUCCAUGGCAACAUGAUACACACCUGAUUAACUGUCUCCAUGGCAAC